CCGGUACCGCGGACUGUUGCAGUCUGCUGUAGUCGCGCGCAGCGUCUUCUUCCGGCACAUCAGACCUCCUUAUUUAACCUACAAUAAAGCUCUAUUCGCCCGCUGCGUCCACAAUUUUUCUCCAUUGCACAUCACCGGUCGCCAGGUCGUCUGCGAGGAUGAAGGGAGCGAAAUUGGUCGUGCUUUUCAGCGUGUUUUUGACCUUCGUCCUCCUGACUGAGGCGGCGCGAAGCAGGAGAGACUCCAGCAGCCAGAACAGCUUCAGGAGGGCGGCCAGUGGCUUCUACCAAACCCUCAGCAAUAUCUUCGGAGAGGAGAACAUCAGGGCUCUGUACAAGUUCUUCUCAAAAACUACAGAUAAGUUUGUUCACGGAGUCGAUUCGUUAUUGGACACCUUGUGGAAGCUGUGGGUGGAUCUGCUUGAUGUUAUGGGCAUCGACUCCUCUAACCUGACGCACUACUUCAGCCCAUCGUCUGUGUCCAGUUCCCCUGCUCGUGCGCUCCUCCUGGUGGCGGCCCUGCUGGUGGCUUACUGGUUCCUGUCCUUGUUCCUGAGCGGCUUUUUUUACGUCCUCCACGCAGUCUUCGGCCGCUUCUUCUGGCUGGCCCGAGUGGCCCUUUUCGCCCUCUCCUGCCUGUAUAUCCUGCAGAAAUUCGAGGGCGACCCGGAGAAAGCGGUGCUGCCGCUGUGCUUCAUCAUGGCCGUGUACUUCAUGACGGGGCCGGUGGGAGCGUACUGGCGGAAAGGGGGCGGACCUGGAACCCUGGAGGAGAAGAUCGACCACCUCGACACCCAGAUCCGCCUCCUCAACAUCCGCUUGAGCAGAGUGAUUGAAAACCUCGAGCGCUCCAGUGACCAAUGAAAUGAUUUUCACCCCAGGCUGAGGGUCAGAGCUGGGGUUUGUGAGGCGUGAUAAGUAUUUUAUUAUUAUUUUUUUUAAUUAAACCUUUCUUUUGCUCCUUUUUUUCUCAGGAUGUCCCAACAUUUUAGUCGAAAAUUGUACGUGACGUGUUCGGAAAUUCGAUGAAUUCCCCAGGCGAUGCGCUGAAGAUCGUCUAUUAGGUUCACCCUGUUGUUGUGGAAUGUAUCGUUAGUGUCCACCUCUACUGUAGCCGCCCGUUUUUGAGUAAAUAUCAGGACUUUUUUGUAUACUGUGUGUCCGUCUGCAAGCCUCGAGCCGAGUGUGUUAGUCCAUUGCGCAGUAUUAUGCGUCCAUAAGCUUUGUUAAGGGAACUUUCUAUGUGUUAUUUAAUAAUCAUGUAGACGAUGCAAUUGAGAAACACUCAGAAAGUGUGAAGAAUAGUCAAUGUCACUGCAUUUUUGUUAUUAUUUAUUUUUUCCUCCCAUCUCCGUCUCUUCUCGAGGUCACCAGAGGUCACUCUGAGUUCAGGACCGAUCAGCACUAUCAGGGAUAGAGAUGUAUGUGGAAAUCUCGUUCAGAAAGCAGCUAGUCAUCAGAAGCGUGAGGAUAUCAGACCAGUGUUCCUGGCAGCAAAGUAACAGUGCUGCAAUGCACACCGGUAUCUCAGUUUCAGCCGAGAGAGAGAGAGAGAGUACAUUCAGGGUAAUACCUGGUCAUGCACUUUGCUCUCAGCAUGACGUCAUCGUAUUAAUUGCAUGCAUCGUUUUAAUGCACUUAGAAAGGGAUCGAUUAAAUACAGUUUUAAUCCUGCUACUUAUUAGUGCUGCUUAGUAAAAUCGCUUAUCGGGAAAGUGGCCUCCAUGAUUUCAUCCACAUUGGCGUUUGGUCGAUUCGAAAUGCCUGAUAACUAAUCUAAAUCUUCUCUGCUCUUUUUUUUUUUUUUUUUUUUUUUUUUACUCAUUCGUUUUAAAUUUCAUUCCACUUUUUUGAUUUUUAGUUCGUUUUUGCAACCUCGUUGUAGCCAAAGCUAAUGUGCAUGUUUUUAAAAAAUAUAUAUUUCAAACAUUUAUUCCCCGCUUCAUGGAUUUUUAUAAACACAAAAAUACUGUAAUUUAACAUUUUUAUACAUGUUUUUACAUUUUAAGAGAAAUGUUAUGAAUGGCCAGUGUUUAAGUAUAUUUGCAUUCCAUAAAAUACGCUAAUUAUUAUUAUUAUUUUUUUUAUUUAUACUGCUGUAUUUAACACUGCUGUUGAAAGGUUUGGAGCCAGUAAGAUUUUUAAAUGACAUUAAUAUCGACAUUCAGCCAGUAUGUAUUAAAAAUGUUAUUUUAAUAUCUUUUAAGCUCGCUGUUCAUUAAAGAAUCUUGAUAAAACUAUAACGGUUCUCACAAAAAUAUUUAGCAGCACAACUGUUUUCAACUUUAAAUAUAAUAUAAAAUAUUUUUGAAUGAUUUCCGAAGGAUCGUGUGACCAAGCAGUUAUUUUAAAAAUAAAAAAAAAAGUUUACUGGUCACAUACUUUUGAACAGUAGUAUAAAUUGGAGUUAAGUGCUUUUGUUAUACAUUUACUGUAUUUAUUUUGCGCCAUAUCCUAUAAGGUUGUGUUUACGGUGAAAUCAGUGUGCUAUUCGUUUGUAUUUGUUUUUUUUGUGAUUUUUCUGCUACUAAAUGAUCUUUUUCAUAUCUUUUGAAGAUGUCUUUCAUUCAAAGUGAGAGUUUUGUGGCGUUUUAGCCCUAGCGUCAGCGUCGAUGCCAUUCUAUACUGUUUUUAGACAUUGAUGGAAUUCACUUUUAGCGGAUGCACGUUCGAAAUUCGCGCUCUUUCUCUUCAUGGAAAACGAGCCAAAAGUAUUCACCCCUCUUCCUGCAUCUCGCUGAUUUUAAUCCAGAAACUGUCCCUCAUCGCCGUGACAUACUGUAACUCAAGUCUACCGGAAAGCACUAAUAUCAAGAAGGCCCGUUUUUUUUUUACUGUGUGAAUGCGUGAAGGAAAUGAUACAACGUAAGCACCAGCCUUGAGGAAUCUCCAAAUAUAUUGUGUGCUUGCAAUGCACCAGCGUUAUUGUACAACCACCGGAGACGACCGAUAACAAUCACGCGCAUACAUUUCUCAGCAAACGCUCCUGUGUUUAAAAUCGUCUCGUGAACGUCUGUAACGAAUGAGAAGCCGCAGUACCUUUUUUGAGAGUUUUCUCAUUGACUGUGAUUUCAAGUGUACUCCGUGCAGAGUGAAUGUGCUUGUAGAAAUACGUAUGGAGGUUUAGCAAUUAAUUUCGUUCUUGUAAGUUGCAGUAACAUGUUAAAUCAUUCAUUUAUUUGUGGAAUAUUGUGCAUUUCUUAUUAUUGAUGUCUGUUACAUUAUACGUAAGGCAGUACUGACUUAACUGCAGACUCUCAUGAAUCCCAUUUGACUGCACCAGUGCCAAUUAUUGUGUGUUGAUUGAUCGAUUUGUAUUGGGAAAGCACUGAAUCUUUGUGAAGUCUAGACCUUAACUGGUAUUUUUUGCGUAGUAAAAUGCCUUUUGUACAAAGGUUUGCUUUGUACUGUAUAAUUUCCAUCAGGAGUGUUCACCCGCGAUGUUGCUUGCCGUGGUAUCUUUUGCGCUGUCUAACAUAUUUUUGUCUUUAUGAAACUUGUUCAAUGAUUUUCUCGAAGAUGAAACGGUUGUCCGAAAAUGAUUUAAUAAACGUAAUUUGACCAAC